UGUCUCUAACUGAUUUGAAGAAUUGGGUACAAGAAACGGGAAAGGAGUAUGGUUACGUAAUUGUUACCCGCCGAUCAAAAAAUAUUGGCGGUACUACUAGGAUGGUAUGGCUUGUGUGCGACCGUAGUGGUGAGCACAGUAGUAAAGCAACAGUUAGGAAAGCUGGUAGCAAAAAAAUCGGUUGCCCAUUAUCAUUACUCGCCAUCCGGGACGUGACGAAUGACACGUGGGAGUUAAAAGUGGACAACGCGAACCAUAACCACGAACCUACGACGAGUCAGUUGGGCCACGCUUUUGUGCGAAGAUUUACUGAAGCCGAAUACAAGCUAGUGGAGCAGCUAACUGCUCAGAACAUGGAGCCACGUAUCAUAUUUCAAACCCUGAGAAAGCAGUUCCCCGACAGCCUGCAUGUUCAGAAAGACGUGCAAAAUGCGGUACAAAAAAUUAGAGCGACACUAAUGGACGGAAAGAGUCCUAUGCAGGCACCGGAAAGCCUGCUGCAUGACCACCGAUUCAUUUACGACACCCGACCGGAACCCAAAACAAAUAUCGUAACAGAGAUUUUCUUUGUUCAUCCUUAUUCAAUCACUAUGUGGCGUGCAUUCCCGCACAUGAUGUUGAUCGACGCGACCUACAAAACAAACCUCUACAACAUGCCAUUUGUCCAGGUUGUGGGUAUGACGUCGACUGGGAAGUCUUUUUGUAUCGCACAUUCCGUUAUUUGUAAAGAACGAAGGGGUAACUACGUGUGGGUGCUUGAGCGGAUCAAGUCAAUCUUGCAUGAAUGUAUGAUGCCGCGUGUGAUAGUCACGGAUAGGGAGCUUGCCCUAAUUAACGCGUGUUCUAAAGUAUUCCCGAACGCAACCAGGCUUCUAUGCCACUUUCACAUCAAACAAAAUAUAGUUAGACAUUGCAAGAAAGGGUUCGAUAAAGAAGAUUGGGGGAAAUUUAUGACGUACUGGCGGAGAGUGUGCGAAUCUACUUCAGAGCCCAUGUACAAGUACAACUUGGAGAAAAUGUAUAACCGACUCGUGGUUGCCAACCGAGAAAGUGUCUAUGAUUACGUCUACGAAAACUGGCUCAAAGACUAUAAAGAAAUGUCCGUUUAUGCGUGGACCGACAACUGUCGCAACUUUGGUCAGCGCACCACCAACAGAGUUGAGAGCCAGCACGCAAAUUUAAAAAGAUACGUUACGCGCGGGAGUUCAUUGGUGCGAAUAGCAAGAUGCGUCAUUGAUAUAGUUGAAACUCAGUACGAUGAAAUACAAAAAAGUUUCACCGAGAGCAUCGAAAAAACGAUAAACCACCACAGACACCCGUUGUUGGACAACCUACUUGGAAAGGUUUCCCAUGAAGCACUUGAUUUGUUGGCAAAAGAGCUAAUGAGGAAGCUGGAGGUGUUGCGGAAACUUAACGCAUCAUGUGGUUGCCAUAUGUGGUGAUGUGCGCGAAGUGUGUUAUAAUUUGGAUGUAUAUUUUAAGCCCUUUUUACACUUUUA